AUGAUCCUACGUGAUCACACGGGUGUGGUUAUCUACGCGGCAUGCAGAUGGAUCCAUAACUGCCUGGGCACACUGGAGCCGGAGUUAUCGGCAUGUGAGAAGGGCCUGAAUCUGGCAUCGCACUGGACUCCCUUACCUAUCCAGGUGGAGACAGACUGUGCAGAUAUCUUGAAGGCAUUCUCUGGUUCAAAUGGAAGAUCAAGGAAUAUGUUUCAGGUGACGGUUGUCUCGGAGAUGCUGCAAGAAAGAUCAAUGCAAAUCACAAAAAUCGGUAGAUCCCAGAAUAAGGCUGCACAUGCUAUGGCAGCGAUGGGUCGUGGUCAACAGUGUACAGCUUAUUGGUUAGAAAAUUCCCCCCAGGAGAUUAGCAUUGUCAUUUCAAACGAUUGA